GUAAAGGCCGUUCACCACGUCAUUUGUCAAAAGCAAAUUUUGUACUGCUGUCACACAAAUUUUGUCAAUUUUAGCCAUUAUUUGGAUGCCUACUUUCACUUCACUUGCAUCAAAUAAAACUCGAAUAAGUAUUUAAAUAAGAAAAUGUCUUACGGAAAGACAUAACAACUGCUAACGACGUGUUAGCCGACACUAAAUGUAAAUCAUAUAAAUUUUACAGCCCACGCAAGAAGUUGAAGAUCUACAGGAAAACUUAAUAGAAUUUCCUCUUUGCUUAUUAAGAGGGCAUGACUUCUCCCAGCAAUGGUAUCUAUAUCAUCCAGGGAGAAAUCUCCCUGGUUGUUACAGCCAUGAGAAGAACUUCCAGAUGGAGUUCUCAUUCUCAGCGAGAUGACGACGGCGAUCCACUGUUCAGUAGCUUUUCGCAGCUGAAAGAUGUACUCAAUACCAUUACUGAACUCAGUGAAAUUGAACCUAAUGCAUUUCUUGGACCAUUUCUGGAAGUAAUACGUUCAGAAGAUACCACUGGACCUAUCACCGGACUAGCACUUACCUCUGUCAAUAAGUUCCUGUCUUAUGGACUUGUAGACCCUAGUUGUGAAGAAGCGUGUCCUGCCAUAGAGAAUAUUGCUGAUGCUGUUACCCAUGCCAGGUUUGUCGGGACCGACCCGGGCUCUGACGAGGUCGUACUAAUGAAGAUACUCCAUGUUUUGCGAACACUUCUAUUGUGUCCAGCAGGAGUUCUCCUCACCAACGAGUCGGUGUGUGAAAUAAUGCAGUCAUGCUUCAGAAUCUGCUUCGAGAUGAGACUUAGUGAGUUACUAAGGAAGUCAGCAGAGCAUACAUUAAUGGAUAUGGUUCAGUUACUGUUUACUAGAUUGCCACAAUUUAAAGAGGAUCCAAAAUGGACAGCAAAUAUGAAAAAGUUAAAGAUGAGAACUGGUGGGGUAGACCAGGCUAGGAUGGGCAGGAGAAAGAGAUCACCUAAACCAAAGCAAAAGAAGAACAAACCUAGUCUUACACCUCAGUCAACACACAGUUCUUCACAAGGUAGUUCCCAGGCAGUGCCUGCUGCUUCAGGGGACUCGCAGACACAGCAGGGUUCUGGGCUGGAUUCUCAAGAUGGUGUGAAAGAAGGACAAGUUGAUGGGGUGAAAGAAGGACAGGUUGAUGGAGUGAAAGAAGGACAGAAGGAGGCAGAGAUUGAACAAGCAAUGAACGAAGAAUUAGAGAAGUCUACAGAGGUAUCGCAGGAUUCUGGCAUGGUGGAUACGGUAUCUCAGACAGCGCAGGAGAAUGCAGGUCAGGAAAGUGAUGGAAAUGUAGAUCCUGGGAUGGCGUACGUCAAGGCAUCCAGGGAAAGUAUUGCCACCACACCUGUAGAGGGAACAAACAUCAUAGAUAUUGUACAAGGAUUCCAGGAUGCAGCACAAGAUGAUAUUGAGGUCAUUGGUGCUUCUCAAGCUGGAGAAAUUAGUGAAGAGGGUCUCUACUGUACAUCGGGUUCAAACACAGACUUAAAGGACCACAUCUUUCUGACGAUUCCUGGCGAGGACAGUUUGGUACGUUCAGCAAGCGAAGUAAGUUUACCUCAGUCGGAGACGUGGGAAGAGGAUUCUGUCACGUCUUUCCCAUCUACAGCUGACACAUCAGCACCAUCACCAGCUGAGGGUUUAGCUACAACACCAACUGAUGCUCCAGAUGGUGGUAAUUUUGUGAAUCCAAGAGGUGUAAGGUUUAUACCCCACCAUCAUCAUGGCCAUGAAGGGUCAGUGCCCCUCAUACCAUAUGGUUUGCCAUGUGUACGAGAGUUGUUUAGGUUUCUUAUCUCCCUCACAAACCCACUGGACAGACACAAUACUGAUGUGAUGAUACACAUGGGUCUCAGCCUGUUGACCGUUGCCUUGGAGACAGGGGCUGACCAUAUCGGGCAUUUUGCAUCACUUGUAUAUCUAGUCAAAGACGACAUGUGUAGAUACCUUUUUAUGCUUGUCCAAUCAGAGAGGCUGUCUCUGUCUUCUGCAGCAUUGAGGGUGUGUUUCCUGUUGUUUGAAUCAAUGAGAAGUCAUCUUAAACUUCAGCUAGAGAUGUACCUCACAAAACUAUGUGAUGUUAUUACAUCCGAUCAUCCAAGGAUAACAUAUGAAGUGAGAGAACUUGCCCUUGAAGCCAUUGUUCAGUUGUGGAGGAUUCCUGGACUGGUUACAGAAUUGUAUCUCAACUAUGACUGUGACCUCUACUGCACAAAUUUGUUUGAGGAUCUGACAAAACUUUUAUCAAAGAAUGCAUUCCCAGUGUCGGGCUUAUUUUCCACACACCUGUUGUCUUUGGAUGCUCUGUUAACUGUGGUAGACAGUAUAGAGCAGCACUGUCAUAGUCGCAUCCUCAAGGCCACUACCACUACCAGUCAUACAGUAGACCAGACAAAGAAGGGCACAGAUCAGGAGGGGUCUGUCCCAGGGGAGGGGGAGAAGGAUGAAUCUGGAGUUGUAGCUCCUCCAGCAGUAGGCUCCACCCCUGGUCAGAAAGCAGCACAAAGUAAAGACGUAGCCUCAGAUAAUAAACCUGGAAGCAAACCACGAGAGACGAGAAAAGGUCCAUUUAUCAGACCUAACAGAAUGAAGGUUACAUGCAAUCUACCAACACAAGAGGAUCUGUUUGCACUCAAACAAAGAAAAAGGGUAUACCAUACUGGAACAGAAUAUUUCAACCAGAAGCCAGCCAAAGGUAUAGCGUACCUACAAGAGCAGGGUCUGUUGUCUGAACCCCUGGAUCCAGAGGAAGUUGUCAGCUUUAUCAAAGAGAACCCAAAAAUUGAUAAGAAAAUGUUGGGAGAAUACGUUACCAAGAGAAACAAUAGCAAACUGCUGGAAGUAUUUGUGAAAUCAUUCCAUUUCGAAGAUCUGCGUAUAGAUGAAGCAUUGCGUCAGUACUUGGAAGCCUUCAGAUUACCAGGAGAAGCGCCAGUCAUUUCUUUGGUCAUGGAACAUUUUGCUGACCAUUGGCAUAAAUCAAAUGGGGAGCCGUUCUUCAAUGCUGAUGCAGCGUUCACCCUGGCUUAUGCUAUAAUAAUGUUGAAUGUUGAUCAACACAACCAUAAUGUUAAGAAACAGAAUAUUCCAAUGACUGUUGAGCAAUUCAAGAAAAAUCUGACUAAGACAAAUGGAGGGGAAGAUUUUGAGAGUGAAAUGCUUGUGGAAAUUUAUAAUGCUAUAAGGAGUGAAGAAAUUGUUAUGCCAUCUGAACAUACUGGUUUAGUGAGAGAAAACUAUCUUUGGAAGGUGUUGUUGAAGAGAGGCAGUACCAAAGAAGGUGUCUUUACCCAUGCCCCUACUGGAGCAUUUGAUCAUGAUCUGUUUACAUUGAUCUGGGGACAGACAGUGGCAGCACUGUCCUUCGUGUUUGACAAGUCGACUUCAGAUGAAUCUAUUAUCUCAAAGGCUAUAUCAGGCUUCAGGAAGUGUGCAAUGAUAUCGGCUCACUAUGGAAUGAGUGAUGUCUUUGAUAAUCUAGUCAUAUCUUUGUGCAAGUUUACAACUCUGCUUAGCUCUGUUGAGGCACCAGAGAACAUUCCUAUAUUAUUUGGUAUGAACAAGAAAGCCCAGCUGGCAGCUAGAACAGUGUUCAGUCUAGCACAUAGACACGGUGAUAUUCUACGAGAGGGAUGGAAGAACAUCCUUGAUUGUAUGUUACAGUUGUAUAGAGCUAAACUUCUACCCAAAAGUAUGAUAGAGGUUGAAGAUUUCUUAAAUCCUACUGGUAAGAUAUGUCUGAUAAAAGAAGAGAGUACCUCACACCAGAGGUCUGAAUCUGGCUUCCUGAGCAGUGUAUACUCUUACUUCACACCAGAGCCGGCAGCCAGUAAGGGUCCGAGCCCAGAGGAGGAGGAAGCUACAAAGCUAGCAACAAAAUGUAUACGUGACUGUCAACUUGAACAAUUGAUUGUGGAUAGCAAGUUCUUGAGGGAAGAGUCACUUCAUGAACUAAUAAAGGCACUGAUAUUUGCAUCACAAGGAAUGGAAGCUCAUGAUUCUAUGGGAACAGUUUAUGAUGAAGAUGCUGCUGUUUUCUUCUUUGAACAGUUUAUUACUUGUAUACUUCAAAACAGGGACAGAGUUACCCCAAUAUGGCAGUCAGUGCGUGAACAUAUUUAUAGUUUGAUAGUGAAUGCCACAGAACACACGUUCAUGGUGGAACGAGUAGUUGUUGGACUUUUACGUAUAUCAAUAAGACUGUUACGACGAGAAGAAGUAGCACCACAGGUGCUGUCUUCCAUACAGAUUCUGUUAAUGAUGAAACCGCUAGUGAUACAUGAUUUUCACAUCAGUGAACAGGUGUCAUACGGAUUACAUGACUUGUUAAGGACAAACGCGGCAAACAUUCAUUCCAGUCACGACUGGUACACGUUAUUUAUGCUUUUAGAGGUUGUUGGUGCUGGAGUGAAUCCUCCACCCGUGUUACAAGUGAAUAAUGGAGUUAAUGUUACAGAGGGUCUUAUAGAAGCAGGUGCUCAAAGUGACAGUGAACUACCCAGUAAUAGUAGUGUGAUAUCUGGAGGUACUGACAGGGGAUACACCUCUGACAGUGAGUUGGAGACCCAGUCACGUAAUAGAACCACGCCUGCUGACUUCGAGGUGCGGGCAGUACCUGAAAAUGGCAGCUGGAUGCUGGUAAAUAAAGAUGAGCAGCCAUAUAAGAAACUUACACCAGUGAAUCAAUAUAGUAUUGAACUGAACGAGCAUGUACAAAUCUGUGAUAGUAAAUCUCUGUUGAAAUCCUCUGAGACCUUGUCAUUCCUGGUACGAGACGCGGCACAUGUCACACCACUCAACUUUGAAAGCUGUGUCCAUGCAAUAAGAGCAUUUGCUGAGGCUUCAUUAAAUGGGGGUCACAAAAAAGUAACGGUUUCGCCAAAACAUUCAAAAGAUAGAAAAUCUAAAUAUAAACAGAAGAAACAAGCAGCUGCACGUAUGAAAAAAUCCCAUUCUUCACCGAGUCAGAUUCAGAUGACAACAAGUUCUGAUGAGGAGAAUGAAGCAGAGGGAUUGGAUGCUGAACUCCAUUCGCUUUCCAUACAGUUGUUAGAUCUGAUGCACACAUUGCAUACCCGUGCUAACAGUAUAUAUUCCUCAUGGGCAGAGGAGAGCCACGAUCGUGCUGAUACAGAACAGGUUAUAGUAGAUGCUGGAUCUGGGUCCCUUUGGAUCAAAUGUUGGUGCCCACUUUUACAAGGUAUUGCCAGGCUAUGCUGUGAUGCAAGACGACAGGUCAGAGGUCAAGCUUUGACCUAUUUACAGAGAGCACUGCUUGUCCAUGACCUUCAAACCUUGUCUGCUGUAGAAUGGGAGGCCUGCUUCAAUAAGAUACUGUUUCCACUGCUGACCAAAUUGUUAGAGAACAUAAAUACCCAGGAUCCUUCAGGGAUGGAAGAAACUAGAAUGAGAGCUUCUACUCUUCUCUGUAAAGUAUUUCUGCAGCAUUUGAGUCCAUUGUUGUCUUUGAGUACAUUUACGGCACUUUGGCUUACUAUUUUAGACUUUAUGGAUAAAUACAUGCAUGCGGACAGAAGUGACCUGCUGGCUGAAGCAAUUCCCGAGUCACUCAAAAAUAUGUUACUUGUGAUGGAUACAGCAGGGAUCUUUCAGACUGGGGAUGACAUUGACUCCCAGCUGUGGCGUCUCACCUGGGAUCGUAUCGAUACAUUCCUACCUCAUCUCAAAGGGGAACUCUUCAAGCCAGCUGAUCAUGAACCAUGUAAGCUAGCUAUGGAUCGUGAGGAGACACCGACUCCUGAGCCAGAGUCAACUCCCUUGUUGUCAGGGACAACACCUGACCCUGCAGUAACGUCUGAACCGGCAGAUGGUAAAGCUCCAGUCGAUGGAAGUCAUGUAUCACCUGAGAAUGAUCGGCUUAGUUCACCAGGUAAUGCUGAAAGUAGUUGCCUAGCAACAGAAGAAAACUUGCCGUCUGCCGCUUCAUACUUUCUGCAUACGCCUUUACCCACAGUUCCAAGCUCUCACAUUGCCACCACAACUUCUAGUCCAUCAAAAACAGUAUCGUCAGAAAAAACAGUUUCAAGUCUUUCAAAAAGUACUAGUGAGCCAGUCUUGAGCCCGGGCGUGCCCCUGCUGCUUAAUCCAGAGCUUAUGAAAGAUGGGGCCCAAGUCCUCGGAGGGCAGCCAGUCAACCAGUCUGAUAACAGAGGACCAGUUUUACUGAACAACACAGGCAGUCCUGCCCACUCCAGUCCUGUCAGCGCAAGCCCUGUCCACUUGAGCCCGGCUCAUUCUGCCCCAGUUCACUCAAGCCCAGUACACACAGGCAGUCCAGUUCAUAGGGAUCCAGCACUGAUGAAUUAUCCAAUGAACAGGGUGCAUCAAAUAUAAACUCGAAACGAUCAAAAAUUGUCUAUAAAAGGAUAAAACUAUAUUUGAAGUGUUCAGAAUGGUUACAAGAGUUUUUUUUUGUUUUUUUUUUCCAGAAAAAAACUUGAUUAUAUUUUUGCUUUAAAAUUUAUAAUUGAAUCUUAAUCAUUUUGUUUCACUUCCAAAGGGAAGUCAAAAAUAAAAGCCAUAUACUUGAGGGAUUUAGUAUAUUCAAGGCUGCAGAAUCCCAUAGAGAUACCUGAACACAUGUAAAAUGUUCUUUCACUUACCUCUGUGAGUAAAAGACCUUGACCUUGAGCUCUCGACCUUGAUAUUAUGACCUUAAACUGGAUACUAAUCUUGACAUUUGUGGUAGUUGAUUGGUACCAAAAAUUUAAAUGGUUCUUUUGUUUGUCAUGUUGUAAAGGUUGAUUGAGUUGUGAUAUUUUUGUUUCCAUUUUUAAUUUAUUUGUGCAAUAAUGUACAUGUAUAUAAUGAAACUUGUAUAUUACACAAACUGUAUAGUUUAAUUCUGUUUUAUAGAAUUUUGUAUGUUUGGUAUGCUUUUCUCAAUAGGAUUUUAAAAUCAUUCAGUUUCCUGCAGUUGUAGUAUUGAAAAAUUAAAAUUUUGAACAUGUGUUUUUGCAAUUACGCUUUGCACAUGCACAUGCUUGCUUUCCUUUUAAAUGUUGUUGUUGGUCCCAGAUUUAGAAAGUAAGUCCCUCAUUUUACAUUGUUUGCUGAUCACUUCAUCAAGAUCUCAGUUUUUCAACUUGUGGGUCCAGGAGUUAAACUUGAAACUAAAAGUAGGUGCAUCAGUCUGUUUUAUAAAGAUUGUAGUAAGUUUAGAAUAAUACACUGGACAACACAAACAAUAUGCCAUUUAAAAUUGCCCAAACUUGGUAACUAGUUAAUAAUAACAUUAUAAACUAUUUUGAAUUAAAAUAUCUCUUUGAAGAAGUGACAGUUUUGGGGGAAAAUGCUUUCAAAGAAAAAUAUAGACAGGACUAUGUUAACAGAUGGUCUAUCAUAUCAGAUAAAAUUGCACAGUUGGUAGGUAAACAGAAAAGGGAGAUUGACAGACCUUUCAAGUCAGGCUAUGCUUUUACCCGAGGUUUGACUAUACAUACUUGUAGCUUGGUUGGUCACAAAACAGUUUGGGGAAGUGGGGAGGUUAUUGAGAGUGACUACAGGUUCAUAAACUCUUCAGAUUAUACAUCUGUAAGUAGUGAUAUAUACUUGUUGUUUUAAGAUUUCUUACUUAAAACAAUAACAUAAAGUGCUAAGUUUUUGUUAAUACUAAUAUGUUCUUGUAUUUCCUUGAUAUUUAAUAGAGAGGAGAACCAAUCAUUAUCAUACUGCCUAAAAAUAUAUGACUUCCGUUUCAUUUAUUUAUUUUGUUGUGUUUAUAGCCACAUGACACAAUUAAAAUCAUAAUGCAACUUUCCCCAACUUUCAUUAGUGGAGGAAGACCCCAGGUACCCCUCCAGGCAUUGCUGGGUUCCUAGGUAGAACUACUGACUUUCAAUAAGGCAGCUGGAUGUUCUUGACAAGAAUUCUUAAACCUAAGUGAGGUUUAGAACCUACAUCCAUAAGGGGGAAAAUUCCAAGUCAACAACCUUAACCAUUCCACCUACGCCUUCCAUGAUUGGCCAGUCUUACUCGUUUGAUAGGCAAGGCUGACAUAAAUAUUUCCAUAUUUAAAGGCUAACCGAAGUUUCAUUUUGUAGUCCUGCAGUUGGUCCAUUGCUAAAAAUUUGUUGCAAAAAUAAAAUCACACUUUAUAAGGAAUUGCCAUACAUAUGGGCACCAUGGCAUAGACGUGUGUUACAUUUUGGAUCCAAGAAUUGCAAGAGUUAAGGACCCUUGGACAAUAUUUGUACAGACUAGUGAUAGUAUGGGGGUAUAUAUCGCGUUCCUGUAGAGCUCUAGGUUAAAUAUGUAGUUUCAGUUUAUUGCAUUGGCAACCGAAAAAGUUACAAAGAAAAUAUAGUAAUUAUAUUAUUAAUAUUGGCCAUACUAAUAGGUAGUUCUUCUUGAAGUAAGCUUCAAUGGUUGUUUUACAUGUAUAUAUAUUCUUGUUUGUGUUUGAUCUGUAUGUUCAUUGCUGUAAUUAUAUACAUUAAGUUGAUGAAAAGAUUUUUUAUUUGUCUGAAUUGUGAUUAUAUUGUCAUUGUUGAAAAUUUAUUUAUGGAUAUUUAAAUAAACUGUCACAGUAG